AUGCGGGCAGUCAUAGAUUUAUUCAACGAGACGGACUCGGUGGUAAUUGAAGCAUUUAAAGUCAUAGCAGUCAUAGUGCUUACAAUAACAGCCAUCAUAGUAGGAAUAAAACUUGCCUGGCGUUUAUUCUGGUACCUCUUUCUCGAGGACAACAACUUUUUUCGCGAACUGGCCGGCUUGCCUGAAUAUGCAGCCGAGAGAUCGUCUUCCCCUCCUCCUGCUUCUGUCAGUCCUUUCCGAUCUUUACCUCAUUCUCGGAAGAACUCUCGGCACUUUUCUACGCACAGCGUCUCAUACGAUAAACUUGCAUUCGGUAACGCUGGUGACUUUCGAGCAAGGCGUAAAUUAUCGACUGCAUCAAGCGUUUCAACUGUUGAUUCGGCUGAUAUAGAUAAUUAUGCAGCACAUAGACGCAGUGCGAGCAGUGGCAAGUUAUCAUCUAUCUACGGAAAGCGUGAGGUUAAGCAUGCAAGAGGGUUGAGUUAUACUGCAGGGGAGACGUUGAAUUAUGGUGCAGGGGAGACGUUGAAAUUUCAAGAUAGUUAUUUGGAUUGA